AAAAUAUGCUCACAUAAAAAUUGAUUUGUAUAGAAAACUGCUUCAAUUUAAUUUAUAUAAUAUAAAAACUCUAAACUUAUACAACUUAGUCAGAAACCAAAAACUGUGCUAACAAAAAUUACACAAGAUGCGGCAACGACAUUUCGUGCAACAUUUAUGUAUAGCUCUUUCAUUUGCUUGGAUUUUAGGAUUGAAAUUUAAGUCAACUGCAGAAAUCACGAAAGAGCAGCAUUUCAAAAUAACUCCACAUGAUGUACAAAUUCUUGAAGGGACUGAUACAUUGUUGCGCUGCGAAGUAGCUGCACGCGCUGGUCAGGUGCAAUGGACUAAAGAUGGUUUCGCACUCGGUUUUUCAGCGGUUAUUCAUGGUUUUCCGCGUUAUUCAGUAUUGGUAGAUAAAGAAAACGGUAUUUACAACUUGCAAAUCAAAAACGCUUCCUUAGAAGAUGAUUCUGAAUAUCAGUGCCAGGUUGGACCAGCUCCUGGUAAUCCCGCUAUUCGAGCAAAUGCCAAACUCAAUAUAAUCGCUGCUCCUAGCUCUAUUGCAAUUGAAAGUUAUACAAAGAAUUCGAAAGUUGAAGUUAUUGAAAAACAGAAUUUAACUUUAACUUGUGUCACCGAAAAUGCGAAUCCAGCUGCAAAUAUUGUGUGGUAUUAUGGCAAUACCCACCUUACUGAUGUUGUGCCUAAAAUUGAAAUCAAAGAAGUUGUACCCAAACGUUUUAAGACUAUUUCUACGGUUAUCAUACGACCACGAGCGGAUGAUGAUUUCAAAGAACUGUCUUGCGAAGCAAGGCACAAAGCCUUGCCGCCAGAUCUUCCAAUGCGUUCAAGUAUACAAUUGUCCGUUUUAUAUCCCCCUGGGCCACCAUUUUUUGAGGGCUAUGGGCCAGGCGAAACUUUGAGGCGUGGUCAACAAGUACAAAUCGCUUGUCGUAGUCGUGGCGGCAAUCCGCCGGCACAGUUAUUGUGGUAUAAAAAUGGGGUAGCUGUUUCUUCAUCACAGAGAACCACGGGUCGUUUAUCUGAAAAUAUUUAUACGUUUAUGGCUGAGGAGUCUGACAAUGGUGCAAAUUUGAUAUGUGAAGCUAAGAACAUACUUGCAAAUAAGGCUCUUAAGGCAGAACUUAAUUUAACAGUGUUUUACGCACCGAAAGAAGUCGCUAUUACGGGUGUGACUGAAGCAAAAAUUGGCGAUUCUUUACAACUAUCGUGUAUAAGUUCUCCAUCCAAUCCAGCUGCACUAAUCAAUUGGUCUGUGAAUGGUCGUCCUUUUGGAAACAGCACUUAUAAAACAAUAAAAAGUGAAUUCGGAGGCUGGACAAGCGCUUCUAAUAUAAGCUUGCCCAUUGACGCACAGAGUCGUACUUUCGUUGUAGUUUGCCAUGCACUUAAUACGGAGUUAACACAAAAUGUAGUUACUUCGCAUACAGUAAACGUGUUGUAUCCACCUUCUCCUCCUCUAUUAAUGGGCUAUAACGAUGGAGAUAUUAUUACAUCAGGUUCAGUGAAAAAACUACACUGCUCUUCUGUUGGUGGUAAUCCUGUACCUGUGCUUAGUUGGUUCAAGAAUGACAAAAAGCUAAACGUUGCAGUGAAAGUUCUGGAUAACAAAAUAGUGUCAGAAUUGUCAAUACUUGUGAAUGUCACAGAUAACAAUGCAAUUUACAAGUGCGAAGUGAGGAAUUCUGCAAUUGAGAUUCCAUUAUUUGCCAUAAAAACAUUUAGUGUACAUUUUCCACCCGAAACAGUAAAAAUUAGUGUCUCACCGAAAAACCUUGUGCCUGGUAUUAGAGCAAAACUUAUUUGCGAUUCAAGUUCAAGUAAUCCACCAGCAAAAAUAUCAUGGUGGAAGGAUGGUAUACCAGUUGAAGGUAUAAAUCUCUCUACUAAAUCCGGCCUUUGGGGAGGUGCUGUGUCUACAUUGGAAAUGUUUGUUAAUAUAACUCAGGACUUGGAUGGUAUUGUUUAUACAUGCCAAAGCAACAAUGAAGUCCUUCAAAGAAGCGUUCAUGAAACAAUUAGCUUAAACAUACUUUUUGCGCCAAAAUAUGAUGUUGAUCAAGAAACUCAAUUUGCGGGUAUUGAAGGUGAACCGUUACACAUAGCUUUGCAAGCUACUGCGAACCCGACAUCUAUAUCCUAUACAUGGACAAGAGAUGGUUUACCAAUAUUAUCAAAUAACGAGGGUGUUAACCGUAUUAUGGCAAUUGGUCCAGUUUUAAACAUUACCCAGUUAAGUCGCAACGAUGGUGGAAAUUAUGUUUGUGAGGCAAUGAAUUCUCAAGGCACUGCUAUGUUGGAAAUCAAUGUAAUAGUCGAUUAUGCUCCAACGAUUGAGUCAAUUUCUGCAGAUAGUAGUUUUGUGAUUGGUGAAGAUGCCGUACUCUCCUGUAGUGUUAACGCGAAACCAUUAUCAGCAGCACAUGUAUAUUGGGUGCGGAAUGGAUACAAUAUGGAAGACCGUACUUCAACUACUUUUAUUAAUAAUACAUCGUAUUUACAUAUUAAGCAGGUACAACGUAAGGAUGUAGGAAAUUUUACUUGCAUUGCAGAUAAUCAACGCGGAAAGAUAGAUCAACGCAAUGUGCUACUUAUUGUGCAGUCGGCACCAGAACUUGACCAUUCACCAGCAUAUACCCGUUUUGCUGUACGCGUUGGUGAGCGAGGUCGUAUAAUAUGUAAAGCUGUUGCAGCACCUCUACCUGUUUUUGUCUGGCGACGUUUUGGUAACGAUAUAAAAAUGCUGCAUCGCAGUAAAUUCAAAGCAGUAGAAAACAUGGUAAAUGGGCUUACAUAUGAGUCUAUCCUAUAUGUUGAAAAUACUUCUGCUGAUGAUUACGGACCAUAUGAGUGUGUGGUACGUAAUAUUCAUGGGCAAGCAAGUUCGACUCUCGAAUUGAUUAAACCAACUCGACCUGAUAUUCCUUUAGCGAUAAAUGUGGAUAACGCCACAGAUGACUCUGUGGUGUUAGUGUGGUCUCCAGGUUUUGACGGUGGUCUAAAAACUUAUUAUCGUUUACGCUAUAGGCUUCAAAAUGAAGACAAAUACAAAUUCGUAGAUAUUAACCCUGGAUGGUUUAAUGCCACUUUAAAUGGUUUGAAAUCUGGUGCUGUAUAUUACUUUUCGGUAAUGGCAGCUAAUGAAGUAGGUGGUAGUAAAUACUUGCCGGAUCUAAAACUGACAUUAGCUAGUGGAGCCCAACCAUAUUUAAACGAGUUUACAGAAAAAGAUGAAAUGCCUAAUUUUAUGAUAAUAGGUAUUACCUCUGCCGCAAUGGUUUUAUUGGUGCUUAAUGCUGCAUUAGUAGCUUGGUUUGUAAUACGCCGUCAAAAUAAAAAUACCUCAGAAAGCGAAAGUCCGAACGAUGAUGCAUACUCCAAAGAUGAUAAUCAAUCAGUUUAUAAGCUCCCAAUUACUGCCUUGCAGUCAGAUGUGCAUAAAAAAGCUGCUUCAACUUAUCUAGUAGAAAAUGUAGAUAUUAUACAAUCUACAGCUUAUCCUCCUAAAUACCAAGAAAGCUCAAUGUGCACUUCACCCUACAAUGUUUGCAAUCCCGAUUUUACACGUACACUGCCAAAUCCUAAGCGACACAGCAGUCGCAGUGGCAUUGUAAGCGAUUAUGCACGUUGCAAAGACGAUCAGAUGUUGAUGUCAAAUGGAUUGUAUAUACCAUCUCCAUCGCCGGCAUCCUCAUUGGUUAUAAAGGGUAGUUACGUCUCAUCACCCUCACCAGCACCACCUCCAGAUGGCUCCUAUUUUAAUAUGAGUGACAAAUAUAUUUCAUAUCCACCUGUGGCUUACUGAACAAGUAGCAGCAUAGUCAUUACCGCCUCUGAAAUUCAAUAGCUUUUCAAAUCAGACUGAUUCAACUUGUAUGAUUCAAUUAAAAUUAAAUCAAAUCACAUGAAGUGUAAAGUUGAGACGAAAAUGAAUAUAAAUAAAAUAGGAAGAUAAAAAAAUUGUAUGUAAGUUAGGCGCAAUGAAGAACAUGUUUUCGGAAAAUGUGCGUAUUGUGCCAAAGGCUGUGAUAAGUACCUGUUCGACCAGCUACCUGAUGAUAGUAAUGUCCGUGCACUGUGCGUUGCAUUUUCCUCAUUGUAGAAACAAGAACUUUUAUUGAUGUGAAGAAACAUCAUCUGCACUCACACUUAUGCGUGAGUUGAAAAGUUGCUUCAGAUAAACUAAUCAUCAAUUUUAUAAUGAGUUCGGGCUAACCUCAGACUGUUUGAGCAGGUUUUUAGAUUAAGGCACUUAUAAGUUUAAAUAGAGUUUUUCAUUUCUAUCUUUAAGUCUUCUGUAUUGGAAUUUUAUUAUAUAUCUUAAACAUGCAUGUGUUAAAACGUUCAUACAUUUGUACUAUAUAUAAUACAUUUUUGUAGUCUUUUACGAAUUUGCAGCAUGGACAAGUUAGUCUUUAUAGAAAUUUAAAUAGAUGUAAGGCAUUUUUAUAAAUAUAUACAUUAUAUACACAAGGCAUAAAAAACCAUUUAUUUAAUAGUUAAAUAUUUAGAUUUUGCUAAGUGACAAUAAAUUAAGAUUGUAUCAUUGUAUUUG